GCGUUGUUUGCCUCAGCGUACAAAUAUGGCGGAUGAUGGAGAGUCGCUGGAGUCUUGGCUUAACAAAGCCACCAACCCCUCCAACAGACAUGAAGACUGGGAGUAUAUUAUGGGAUUCUGUGAUCAAAUCAAUAAGGAGCUAGAAGGUCCACAAAUAUCCAUCAGACUGUUGGCAUACAAGAUUCAGUCCCCUCAGGAAUGGGAGGCGAUGCAAGCGUUAACGGUUCUUGAAGCUUGUAUGAAGAACUGCGGGCGAAGGUUUCAUAACGAAGUUGGGAAAUUUAAGUUUUUAAAUGAAUUAAUUAAGGUGGUUUCACCCAAAUAUCUAGGAGACAAAGUUUCAGAAAAGGUGAAGAAAAAAGUGAUAGAGUUGCUGUACAGCUGGACGGUGUCUCUGCCUGAUGAAGCAAAGAUCUGUGAAGCUUAUCAGAUGCUGAAGUCACAGGGUAUUGUUUUAGCUGACCCAGAAAUAUCUCUUGAUGCCACAUUAAUACCAUCACCCUCUCCCCGACCCAAAAAUCCUGUAUUUGAUGACGAGAAGAAGAGCAAGAGAUUAUCAGAGCUGCUGAAGAGUAAAAAACCCGAAGAUUUACAAGAGGCCAAUCGGCUCAUCAAGAACAUGGUCAAGGAGGAUGAGGUGAGGAGACAGAAAGCAACAAAACAAAAAAGCACAUUGGAGGCAGCCAACAACAGCGUCAAACUCCUUAAUGAGAUGCUCGCUCACUUCAGCCCAGACGAUUCAACAGACGGAGACAAGGAGCUUAUUAGGGAGUUGUAUGGUGAUUGUGACAAACUGAGGCAAACAGUAUAUCAGCUGGCUACCGAGAGCGAGGAUAAUGACACCAGCUUGGGAGACCUCUUGCAGGCCAGUGAUGACCUCUCCCAUGUCAUUAAUUCCUACAAGAAGAUUGUAGAAGGGCACACCAUCAACGGAGAGACUGAUGAAGCACAACAAACACAAACAUCAGUAACACAAGGCACUGGACGCACAAACCAGUCAGAGAUUCUGAUCGAUCUGGUGGGUCUGGACAUCCAGACCCCCUCUCCACCUGAACAGCCACCUCCAGCAUCUUCUCUGUCGUUUCCUGCCGACCUGCUGUGUGGAUCAGCCGUCACUGACCCUCAGGCCCAAAGUGUUAGCACACCGUCUGCAGCGCUCUCACUGCUGGAUGAAGAGCUGCUGUCUUUAGGCCUCAAUGAACCUGCUCCUGCUGGUAAUACAUCAACACAACAAAACCUGAGCGAUCAUUUGCCAUCUUUACAGGAUGCAACUAAAGAUUUGGGGUUUUUGGACACCGCUUUGCCCACAGUUCCUGCGUUCUCCACACCUCCACUCUUCCUAGACGCCCUCUCUUCAACAGUAGCCUCAGUCAGUCCUACCAAAACUUCUACAACUGCCUCUGCCUUAAGCUUUCCUGGACCUGUCUUUUCCACACCUCCAGUUUCUGCAGCACCUCCGUCAACAGUCAUGUUCCCACAACCUCUCAGUGCAGCGCUGACCACCGUGGCUCCAGCCGCACUUCCUCAGCCUUUCAGCAUGACCUCGGCCGCUCCCUCAACCAACCCUGUAGCUCCACAACAGUUCACGUCUUCACCGGGAGUCUUCCACUCGCCGUCCGCUUCUCUCAGUCACCAACACCAAGACCUCACCCUGCUGGAUCUUGGCGGUUCAAAUAAGUCUGCUCUCACCUCCACCACGUCCACCUCACUGAUUGCAGGAGGCAUGCAGGGAUGGUCGACUCCUCCGCCUACCAAGAGUCAGGCAGACGACAGCCCUCUUUUGCGCUCUCUGUCCCCCAUCCUCCCACUGAGCCAGGCCAGUCCAGGCGGGAGACAGCAGGUCUCCCUGGCCGAUGUGUUUGUCCCUUUGGAUGCCAUCAAGCCAAGUAAAGUGUGUCCUGUGACAGCAUACGAUAAAAAUGGCGUUCGUCUCCUGCUGCACUUUGCUACCGACUGUCCACCCGGCAGACCCGAUGUGUUGGUGAUGGUGGCGUCCAUGCUGAACACAGCACCACAGCCUGUCAGCAGCAUUGUUCUGCAGGUUGCUGUGCCCAGGACGAUGAAAGUGAGACUGCAGCCCCCCUCAGGGACAGAGCUGGCUUCUUUUAACCCAAUACUUCCCCCUGCUGCCAUCACUCAGGUUAUGCUGCUCGCCAAUCCUCUCAAGGAAAAGGUCCGAAUGAGAUACAAGCUGACGUUCACGCUGGGAGAGCAGCCGCUCGCCGAAGUGGGGGAGGUGAACGAGUUUCCGCCCGCUGAUAAAUGGGGAGCUCUAUAGCCCCGCUUCCCCCCCCGUUAGGAUGGCCAGACGUUACGAGACUUCUUUAACAACUAAAGCGCAAAAAGGUCAACAGAAAGGGCAGAAUGGGAAGGCUUUUAAGGAAAGGUUGAAUAUAUUAUAAACUUUAAUGAACCCUGAGGAGCUUUAGACAGCCCACUGAUGUAGCCAAAGUCCUGUAGCGAACAUCCAGCAUUAACUUUUUCUACAGUGCCAGAUGUAGUCAGUCAGUCAGUGAGAUGCAGUAACGACGGAUGUGAACCAGUGGAACGUGGACGAUGGUUGUUUUGGUAAAAUUGCUAAGUUAUUUUUGAAUUUCUUGCCGUUAUUAUUAUUACUAUUAUACAAUUUUGUUUGCAUUUUAAUGUUGGUAUUCUGUCUCUCAGUCAUGACAGUACAGAUUGGAGAACACUUGCACUUCUGGAUGCCGGGCAGUCUUAAAUAGAACAACAAAAAAACACACACGUUAGAAGGAGAUUGUGAAGCCGUGGUCAUUUGAACAUGUGACCGCAACCUUAAUUUCACAUGAUUUGCAGCUGACUGUGUAUAUUAAAGACAUUUUACGCUGAAGACAUCAGGCCAGAGCAGACAAGAGCCCCUCUGUUGCUAAAUAGAAGGAACUCUCAGACUGGCUCAUUAAGAAUCAGUUACGUUCAGCUGGCCUCUUCCAAAAUAACAGGCCCACGGUUACUACUGAAGACUUUAUUCUGGGGUUGUUGUUGUUUUUUUUAUCUACUCAAGUUAUAUUUUUAGUGUUUCUGUAUUUAUAUUCAUGAAUGUAUUAUUUAUUUUGAUUUGGGGGGGAUAAAGGUAUCCGAUGUGUUCACUGUUACUGUACGGUGUUGCAGUCGACAUGGUGCAUGCUCUUCUCAUGAUAAGUAUUGCAGCGAGGGACGCACAAGUCAAUAGUUGUCUAUCUAGUAGGAGUAUUUAAUGUUAACAAGUAUUCAGACAGACACGUUAGAAUAUGUUAUUUAGCAACCCAGGGGUGGAUUCUGGAUCAAUUCCACGUCUUGUUAUCAGGCUGUGAUCUCUGGACAGCAUCUUAAUCAAGAACUUUGUGCUUAUUAAAACACUAGACUUCUACCAGAGACAUUGACCCCUUUUACUUGGCAGAUCAAGUAUAUAUACAUAUAUAUAUUAAAUGGAUGUGGAUACCUGCAGACAAUAAACCUGUGGACACAAGAAGAUAAGAUUAAACUGCAUUGAUCCCUCACUGGGAAACGUACAAAGGCAUUUUGUUAGAAAUUGAUUAAAUGCCAUGUGCUGUUUGACCUGCUGUUAGAUGAACCAAGUUAAAGGGGUUGAUCAUUCUCUCUGGAUCAAGUGUAAAUGUUCUGCUUUUGUGGGAGUUUCCUCUUUCAAACUAGGAAAAUACUUCUAUGUGUAAGCCUUGACUAAACACAGUACAUCAGUGUUGUUCAUUCAGAGCAUUAGGCUUCCCAUGUGUUCAUCCAAAACUGUGACAUCUUCAUUUCUGUCUUUCUAGGGCUAUUUAGUGCUAUAGAGGAGAUUCUCGACAUGUUUCUUAUGAAAUUAUUUAUUUGUCUUAGAUUGUUAAAUUAACUUGUCAUUGCAUAUUUUUUGAAAAGCUAUUUCUGUGCAUGGAAAAAUAAAGGAGCUGGAUCUAUUUGUAUGACA